GUUAGAGGAGUUGCCGAGCCGGGUUCUGGUGGCAGCGGGGCGCGGAGCUGGGUGCGCGCCGAGCUUCUGCCUCCAGCCGCCUCCUCGCCCUCCAUUCCUCUCUCCCCGCCAUCCCCGGGGCCUUGCCUCUGCCACCGCCUCCCGGGGAACGGUAGCCGGGGGCGAGGGGCUGGCGCGGCCGGAGCGGGCGGGGAGGCGCGGGGCGCCGGGGCGUAUAGGGGAGCGCGCCCGGCCCUGCCCGGGAUCAGAUAACAGCCGGCGGGGGAGGGGGUGGGCCGGCCGCGCUCCCAGCCGGACUGAGGGACGGACGCCAGCCGCGCCGGCCAGAGCGAGCGCCCCGCGGCCGGGGGCGCCGUCCAGGCGCGCGCCCCCGACCCGUGGCUGAACUGGAGAGAUCGGCGCCCCAGACCCAAGCGCCCCUCGGCAUGGAGCGCCCCCGGGGGCUGCCCUGAGGCGGCGGCGGCGAUGCAGCCAGCGCGGCGGCUGCCGGGGCCAGGAACGGCCGCCCGGAGCUCGGAGGACGCGGAGCGCGCCGCGCCGGGGGCACUGACCGAGGGUCUUCUAGCGACCGAUUCUUCUCCAGCUGGGGUCUGGGAAAUGGCAGCCGCUGCUGAUACAGCCUUGAAGACAGCCACUUGCCCGCUCAGCACCGUCACUUAGAAGAUAGGAUUCAGGAGGAGCCGCCUCCCGCGGAGCCGGCCCAGGGGCGAGCCAGGGCCCCCCCAUCCCCGGGAUGAGCUCGGCCGGCAGGGCCAACCCCUACAGUAUCGUGUCAUCGGAGGAGGACGGGCUGCACCUGGUCACCAUGUCGGGCGCCAACGGCUUCGGCAACGGCAAGGUGCACACGCGGCGCCGGUGCCGAAACCGCUUUGUCAAGAAGAAUGGCCAGUGCAACAUCGAGUUCGCCAACAUGGAUGAAAAGUCGCAGCGCUACCUGGCUGACAUGUUCACCACCUGCGUGGACAUCCGCUGGCGCUACAUGCUGCUCAUCUUCUCGCUGGCCUUCCUCGCCUCCUGGCUCCUGUUCGGUGUCAUCUUCUGGGUCAUCGCCGUGGCCCACGGCGACCUGGAGCCGGCCGAGGGCCGCGGCCGCACGCCCUGUGUGAUGCAGGUGCACGGCUUCAUGGCAGCCUUCCUCUUCUCCAUCGAGACGCAGACCACCAUCGGCUAUGGGCUGCGCUGCGUGACGGAGGAGUGCCCGGUGGCUGUCUUCAUGGUGGUGGCGCAGUCCAUCGUGGGCUGCAUCAUCGACUCCUUCAUGAUUGGUGCCAUCAUGGCCAAGAUGGCUCGGCCCAAGAAGCGGGCGCAGACCCUGCUGUUCAGUCACAAUGCCGUGGUGGCGCUGCGCGAUGGCAAGCUCUGCCUCAUGUGGCGCGUGGGCAACCUGCGCAAGAGCCACAUCGUGGAGGCCCACGUGCGGGCCCAGCUCAUCAAGCCGCGGGUCACUGAGGAGGGCGAGUACAUCCCGCUGGACCAGAUCGACAUCGACGUCGGCUUUGACAAGGGCCUUGACCGCAUCUUCCUCGUGUCCCCCAUCACCAUCCUGCAUGAGAUCGACGAGGCCAGCCCGCUGUUUGGCAUCAGCCGGCAGGACCUGGAGACGGAUGACUUCGAGAUCGUGGUCAUCCUGGAGGGCAUGGUGGAGGCCACGGCUAUGACCACGCAGGCCCGCAGCUCCUACCUGGCCAACGAGAUCCUGUGGGGCCACCGCUUCGAGCCUGUCCUCUUCGAGGAGAAGAACCAGUACAAGAUCGACUACUCCCACUUCCAUAAGACCUACGAGGUGCCCUCCACACCCCGCUGCAGCGCCAAGGACCUGGUGGAGAACAAAUUCCUGCUGCCCAGUGCCAACUCCUUCUGUUACGAGAAUGAGCUGGCCUUCCUGAGCCGUGAUGAGGAGGACGAUGCCGAUGGAGGCCAGGAUGGCCGCAGCCCCCAGGCCCGGCAUGACUUUGACAGACCCCAGGCCGCUGGGGGUGGCGGCCUCGAGCAGCGGCCUUACAGACGGGAGUCAGAGAUCUGAGCCACCAUGGGCCAAGGUGCAGC